AUGAGUCAGUCGUCAUUAGGAUCAUCCACGGCAUCGGAGCGUGCGUUGGCGCCGUCAUCGACCCACAGGGCUGCCGUUCCUGUUGCUUGUUCGUCAUCAUCCGGGACAGAAUUGGAAGACACUACUGCAACUACGUUAGCAACGACGUCCGCCUCUGCUUGCUCUUUGGCUGACGGUGACGCUGACGCCAGUGCGUCGCCCGUGCUACGCGACGACUCGUGGUCUCGUGCCGCUCCACUAUCGGAUCCCUCAACCGUCACGACGACGAUAGCGGCGGCCACGGAUGCGCCGUGCCAAACUCGGGAGGUCUUGCCCGGCCUGCAGCCUCUGCCGAAUAUCGACACGGCGCAGCUUUGCGGACUCAUCUCGAAUGCGACUGGAACGGCGUCUAAGAGUUGCGCCGUGCCACCGCAAACGACUCUGCCCGCCCCUCUCUCCCCCUCGCAUGACGAUCCGGCCGACAUGUUGGCGGCUCCACGGUCGUCGCCGCCGAGGGCACCGUCUUCCGCGGCGUCCUCUAGCAUCGCCAACGACGCGUCGACAUCGCAGCAAGGAGUUGCGGUCUCGCUACCCACAGUUGCUCUGGCACCAUCACAAGAGUCCCCGGUCCCGUUCGUGCCGGCUGUGGCUGCGGAUCAAGAGCACCAUAGUGACAUCCCAGGUCCGUCUUCAGCAGCCGCCUCGUCGACCAUGUCUGCUUCUUCACCUUUAUCGCAGCCGCGGGCGACAGCCGAGGCAACGCGCAUUGUUGCUUGCGGCUACGCAGAGCCUACUACUCGAGAGGAGCGCUUCCGCCUGAGCCUCUCACCAUCUAGUGAAGACACGGUCACUCCGCCACCGAUGUGCGGCGCAGCGGCAUCCAUUGGAGGGCAGAGCGCUACGCAUUCACUGUCAGCAACACGAAGGGCACUUGAUGCCAUGACCGCUAGCACCCCAGAGGAAGACAGGGUUGCGGUGCAACUACCCUCGGCUGGGAAUGGCGACCGCUGCGUCUCAGGAGGCGGGGUUCUUGUAGGCACGACGGAAGCCCGUCUAGCGCUUGAUGACGCUGCCAGAGCAGAGCCUGCCUUGUCUCUCAGCUCUGUAGCCGUCAAGGUGAACCCUGGGGCCGGUCUGCAGCCCGAGGGCGGUGCGUCAUUUGAGGCACCUCAGAAGACAACGCCGCUACCGACGCCGCCAGCGGAUGCAUCGGAGAAACUGACGAUCCCAACCGAGUCAAUGAACUCAGACAUGGGUGGUGCGCGCCAAGACGGGAAUGAUGAUUGCCAUUGGCGCAUGGUAAGUGCGGAGCCGCCGGUGACACAAAAACCUGGGAAGGCGCCACCCGCUUCGCGGAAGCGUCGUCGAGCGGCGUUGGCGGGCUCCAGCCGGCAGCAGCCUCGUCCUGUCCCUUGGACAGGGAGGGGGGCGAAAGUCGCCGAGGAAGUGGAACCGGCUCUUCCUUUGCCUGCGCAGCCUGAAAGUGAUCUGCUCCCUGCGACAGCAGCCGCGGAUGAAGAGAUUUGCCAUGCAUGCACUUUGAUCAAGGCUCGCGCACCGGCGGCGGUGUCUGCGGCGGUGCGGGGGAGCGGUGGUGAGGUGGUGCCGGAGGAAAAGCGGCUGACUGUGCUACGACCGCCUGGGGUGGCACAAGAAAGAGACGCUGGUGACGUCGACGUUUGCGCCUUUACGGUAUCAAAUACGCCGGAGGCACUUCCAGCGGAUGCUCACCAGUAUGACCUGCGCCGUGUGCGCACAGGUUACGGUGAGCAGGCCGAACCAACAGAAGACUCGUGUCAAACAGAGACACCUGUGGUGGUGAGUAGCGGUACAGCGGCACCCGUAACGUCGCCGCCGUCGUCCGUUGCGACAGGCGCGAGCACUGCGGCGGCUCUCACCACCGCCACCCCAUUACCAGUCAGCAGCCUCACCACUGAGAACUGCACAUCGACAGCGGCCGUGCACAACGCCAAACCGAAGAGGGGGCAUCGUGGUGCGCAGGGGACAGCAGCGGCGUCGCGAAAGGAUUCAGGGCCAGGGGUUCUGGCGAAGGAGGUGGGCGCGCCUGCUGCUUCUCUGCCAGCCUCCUCCCGGCCAGUGCUGAAUCUCGCUGGCGUCAACGUGCAAGCACUCUUGGCCGAAGGUACCGACCCUCCCCCCCUGUACACACGCCGUCAGCGUCGCACGCGCCGGAGGUCAACCCUUGCCGAGGAUCACCCGCUGUUUGCUGAGCAUCGAGACCUGUGGGAGCACGAUACGGCAGGUCGCAUCUUCCCCAGAGCACCGUUUGCUAGCGAUGCAGAUGUGCUGAACUCGCUGACGGAGUGGACCGACUCGCCGGCGUCGGUGUACGCGCGUCUCCUCUGGCGCUACGCACCGGCCCUAUUUGUGAACUUGGCGAUGCACGACAGCGACGCCACACCGUUUGGGAAGGUUGAGUCAAAAGUGGAGACAGCUGCCCGUGUGAAGCAAGAGAAGAUGGAAUGA